AUGUUCUUCCCUCCUCGCUAACCUUAGCUCGCUCCCUCUUCCUAUCUCCCAUGGACUCCGACUCCGAUUCGGACGGCUCUCACGUCUCUGCCACUCCUCCACGAGACCACAUUCCGCCGCCGCCGCCGCCGCCGCCUCUCAAACCAAGGGCUAGACCAACCUCCUCUUCCCGCUCCUCCGCCAGAACUCCCGCUCCAAAGCCCCAAAGCCACCGUCUGCCGAACCCCUCAAACCUUCCCUCCCAAGAUCUGACCGCGAUGUCAAUACCAUCUCCUCUCUCCACCGCGCCUUUCCACGUCCGCCGUCCUUUGGAUCCACCGGAAACCGUCGCCACCAUCGAUUCCUUCCAGAUUCUCCCAGCUGGCCACUUCUCCAAAUCCGCUUCGUUUUCCAAACUUCAAAGACCUUCUCUCAACUUCGAGAACGAGGAAUCUGAUUUGGCCAGAUCGAAAUCGGAGCUCAAGAGUGAAACCGUGGAGAGAGAUGGAUCAGCUGUCAAAUCCACAAGUUCAGUGAAAGCUGCGAGGAAGAACCUGAACUUGAUUAGAGCUAAUGUGGCUCUUCCUCCAACAAAGCUGCGAAAGAGUGGCGGAGAAGGCAAUUUUGUUAGGCUUAACAUGAACCACAACAGCUACCGGCGCAAAUUCCUUAGCAAAAGUGCAAGGAAGAAUAGCCGCUCCUCAGGCUUUAAACGAUUCCCAAAAAGAAGAAAGGGGAAAUUUGGGGCUGAAAUUGAGGCCCAAAUGGAAGGGGUUUUCGAGGAAGAAGGGCUGGUCACAGAGUCCACGAAACAAAAGAUUAUGCAGGAGAGUGAGAGUAGGAAGUUUGACAGCGAACUCGUUGAGGCGGCUCUUUCGGCUGUUAGAAAUGACGCUUCAGAUGUGAAUUUAGUGAAGCUGUUGAAAUUGGUCUAUGGUUAUGAUUUGUUCCGUGACAGACAAUUGGAGGCCAUCAGAAUGGUUCUUGCGGGGAAAUCUACUAUGCUGGUUUUGCCAACUGGUGCCGGCAAAUCCUUGUGUUAUCAGAUACCUUCCAUGAUCUUACCUGGGAUGACCCUGGUAGUGAGCCCUUUAGUGGCUUUGAUGAUUGAUCAGCUAAAACAAUUGCCUCCAAUGAUCAACGGUGGUCUUUUGUGUAGCAGUCAGACGUGGCAAGAGACAUCAGAGACACUGAGGCUGCUCCAAGAAGGUAGCAUUAAGGUGCUUUUUGUUUCUCCAGAAAGGUUCCUGAACGAGGACUUCAUGGGAAUAUUUUCUACUGAUCAACUUGUGUCACUCGUGGUAAUUGAUGAAGCUCACUGUCUAUCUGAAUGGUCACAUAAUUUUCGGCCUUCAUAUACCAGACUCAGGGCUUCUCUGUUUCACGUUAGGCUCCGUGUUAAUUGUAUUCUUGCAAUGACAGCAACAGCCACUUCAACAACCUUGGAUGCAGUAAUGGGCGCACUAGAAAUUCCCUCUUCCAAUCUCAUCCAGAAGGUUCCAUUAAGGGAUAACCUGCAGUUAUUCAUCUCCAUGAGUCACAACAGGAUGAAAGACCUACUGAUGCUAUUAAGGUCAUCUCCCUAUUCAGAAGUUCAGAGCAUCAUUGUGUACUGCAAGUUUCAGUCUGAGACAGAUCUAAUAAGCAGAUAUUUACGCGACAACAAUAUCUCUGCAAAGAGUUAUCACAGUGGGAUCCCUACAAAGGACAGAGCCCGUAUACAAGAGUUGUUCUGUUCCAACAAGAUUAGAGUGAUUGUUGCAACGGUGGCAUUUGGCAUGGGACUCGAUAAAAGGGACAUUGGAGCGAUAAUGCAUUACAGCCUUCCCAACAGCUUGGAAGAAUAUGUACAGGAGAUUGGCCGUGCUGGACGAGAUGGGAGGUUGUCUUAUUGCCAUCUCUUCUAUGAUGAUAUGACAUACUUCAAGCUCCGUAGUCUCGCUCACAGUGAUGGAGUGGAUGAGUAUGCAGUGGAUAAGUUCCUUUGCCAAGUUUUCAACAAUGGCACAACUUCACAUGGACAAGUCUGUUCAAUCAUGAAAGAAUCGGCAUCUCGACGGUUUGAUAUGAAAGAAGAGGUAAUGCUCACAAUUUUAACGCAUUUGGAAUUGGGUGAAGUCCAAUACUUGCAGUUGCUUCCACAAUUAAAUGUAACUUGCACUCUGAACUUCCAUCAGACUCAACCUGUGUUGCUUUCUGACAAGGAUAUUGUAGUUGCUGCAAUUUUGAAAAAGUCAGAAGCAAGACAAGGGCAAUAUGUGUUUGACAUACCUACUGUGGCAAAUAGCAUUGGUGUCACAGCAGCAGAAUUAACUAAUCACCUGCAGAAUCUAAAGCUAAAAGGAGAAAUUACAUAUGAAACGAAGGAUUCAGCUUAUUGUUACGUGGUAGUGGACGUUCCUGAAGAUAUUUGCUCCCUCUCAGCAAACGUGACAAAAUGGUUGUCCGAUAUUGAAAGUUGUAAGGUUCAUAAACUGGAUGCCAUGAAUGGUGCUGCUGUCUUUGCAUUGAAUACAUGCGAGAGGACCAAUGGUUGUUCCGGUACCCAACACACGUGGUGCUUGCAGAGGAAGAUUAUGGAUUACUUUGACAAAGAUUAUCACUGUGAUAUCCCUUCUAAGAUGACUCAAAGCAGGAUAUCUUAUUCCACUGAUAGAACUACCGUUGAUCUUGGCAGCAGUUUUUUGAGAGCAGAUAUUAAGGUUUUUCUACAAAGUAAUUCCCAGGCAAAGUUCACACCAAGAGCAGUCGCAAGGAUAUUGCAUGGCAUUUCAAGCCCAGCCUACCCGUCUAUGAUUUGGGGCAGAACUCAUUUCUGGAACAUGCUGAUGAGCCGAAGUUUUAAUUCUCAAAAUCAGGGGAAGAUAUAUGAAGGUGGAUUUCCAAGUUGUGAUGGAAGCAGCAAAGGCAGAACUUAUGAACUUUGUCGGAAAAGACACUGUCUAGUCAUUUAUAGAUAGGUCUAUUUUGUCUGCGACAAUCAUACUGGAGGGUGUUUUUCAGGCUUUGGUGUUUGACAAUCUGAAACUUGACAAUUGCACUCUUGGAUUUGUAUAGACUGAAAUUAACAAUACUUCUGGCUAUGAGGUUGCAGCCAUUUAAGUGCACUCAUGGUCGGUUGACUUUCUCGUCCUGUUACUGACCUUCCCUUCUGGCAUGAACUAGCUUUAUUCUGGAGAUUUGUGCGAGGAAACUUGCUUGGUAAAAGCUUGUGGGAGUUGCAAUGCCAAGAAGAAGGCCUUGAAUGGAUAAUGGAUGUUGUGCUCUGUUUAUCUGACUCAAACGGAUCACCCAGCAAUCACUGUACCUGACUUGGAAGAAAGUCCGUGAAACUGUCUUCCAAGAGUGGGAGGUGGAGCAAAUUGCUUCGAAGCGUUGAGGUCUUUGACGUGGUAGCGAAUAUUUUCAAAACCAGUUGAUUUUUUUCCAUGUUACAAUCACCUGGUUGGCUAGCAAGUGAUCAUUUCAGGCAAGUGCACAUUAAUUCAUUCGCUGCUCUUUCAAAGUCAAGCCAUGAGAAUCCGUGCCUCCAUCAUGACAAGGUUGCUAUGUGAUUCUUCCCGACAGAAUUACACUUGUGGAUAAAAAUGUACUUAAGCUGCAUUUUGUCUCAGGAUGGUUCACAAUAUAUUGCUCCAGUUAACGUUUUUCCACUAUUCCAAUGACCAAGAAAGUGGAACACAUGAUGGGGUCAUUUACCUCUUGAUGGCGUGAUCAAUUUAGCCGAUUCCACUUAGUGGCAGCCGACUUCUCUAGAGGGAUAAGGCUUAGUUUGGUGUUGCAAAUGUAUACUAUCUAUUAAUGUAACGGAGAAGAUCAGGGGUUUGUGGAGUACUUAAACAAGUCACCAAUCACGGAGCAGCAUGAGUUUUGUCGGCUUGCGUCUUGCAGGUAAAAGGAUGUAUGCUUGUCAAGGAAGGCGAGGUGACUUGACGAGGAGAAAAGGAGGGAAGGAAGUUUGCCAAAUGAGCCUCUUGAAUUUGCCUUUUCACCGCAAUCCAUUGAUUGAUGAUACUUAGGCCAAACAUCUGGUAAGACGAGGAGCUACACCCUUUUGUCAUUUCUUCUCUAUUUGGCAGCACAGAAGGAUCAUAUAUGCAAGCUUGCCUCCAUCCACCUUAUGGGAGGAGCUAACUUAUGGGAGGAACUAACAAGAUGCUAGUGGCAUGAUUUGCUAAUAGGAUGGAUGAUUCUGAGGAGUUAUUUAUUGUA